UCUCACGUUUGCUGUCAGAGAGCGGCGUCACAUCCAAAGCCGCGACUGGCUAACAAAUAGACCCUGUGUGUUUGUAAUAUUCACGCCUUAUCUCUAUCAGCAGGAAGAGGACCAUUAGCUGAGUGGCUCUCGGCAGCACUUUUAAGCGGAAAGGAGUCCUGGGGCUCGGAUAUAUUAACGUUGAGCUAACCCGGGGAAAAGCGCGGACUGUUGCUAUCUCCUUGGUGUUGGACAACUUUAUUUUCUGACAUGUGUUGUACACAGUAGUUUAAUUGUCCGGGCUGUAAGCUACACAUUACGAAACCAAUGCUUUUAAAGGAGUGUUUCUCGCGUACUUUUAAAAGGGCUGUACGUUUCACUCGUGGUGCCGGCUGCUUUAGGCCCACAGCGCCAUGCCUCGGUCUCUAGUCGUGCUGUGAGUCCGCCAAACGUCACUUCGAUCCGGGGUCGCGUCGGCGGAGGCACCGCUGCACCAGUGUGUCCCGCAGUUUAAAAGGUCUGGGUUGGAGACAUGCACCCGCCAUCUAGAAAGGAUUUUGUAUCUGUAACCUUUGCAGAACAGGGAAGUGGCAGUUACAACAACAGCAAGCAGUGGCGGAGGCAGUCUUGCUGGAGGAAAUGGAAGCAGCUGUCCAGGUUGCAGCGGAGCCUCAUCCUCUUCACUCUGGUCCUCCUGUUGAUUUGUGGAAUUGCUUCCUAUCCUACUGUUACUGAACACCUCAGAGGCCUUACAGGUGGAGACCAGGAGACAGACAGGGGAGCUGACAGUGGCCUAAGGCCUGGCAUUCCUCAUGUGCUACCUGAGCCUGUGAAGCAAGAAGCACCACCACCGCCAGAAAUACCCUCCCAGAAGAGAUUACCCCACAAGCGAGGACCUCCUGUCCUGCAGAAUCGUCUGCAGAAGAAAGGAAAUGCUUCAGACACGCUGGUGGAAGACAAGGUACCUGAUGGCAAGAAAGAAGCAGAAGACGUCGGAGUCAUCAGCUGGCGGGGGGCAGUGAUAGAGGCUGAGCAAGGCACUGAAGACACCAAGGAUGAGGAGAACAAGGAUGACUUGCUUGCCAAACAAGGCACCAAAUCACCUGAGGAGUCGGAAGCAGGCCAGCUGGAAGCGGUACGGGAAGCUUUCAGACAUGCGUGGAAAGGAUAUAAAGACUUUGCCUGGGGCCAUGAUGAGCUUAGGCCCAUAUCCAAGUCCUACGGAGAGUGGUUUGGCUUGGGCUUGACGCUGAUUGAUGCCCUGGAUACCAUGUGGAUCCUAGGGUUGAAAUCAGAGUUUGAGGAAGCAAAGGCAUGGGUGGCCACAGAGCUCUCCUUCAACAAGAAUGUGGACGUCAAUUUGUUUGAAAGUACCAUCCGCAUCCUGGGAGGCCUGCUGAGCACUUACCAUCUUACUGGAGACACUCUGUUUCUGGACAAAGCUAAAGACAUUGGCUCCAGGUUGAUGCCAGCCUUCAAAACUCCGUCCAAGAUCCCCUUCUCUGAUGUGAACAUCGGGAAGGGGACCGCCCACCCCCCCCGCUGGACCUCAGACAGCACUGUGGCCGAGGUCACCAGCAUCCAGCUGGAGUUCAGAGAGCUCAGCCGCCUCACCGAGGACACACAGUAUCAGGCUGCUGUGGGCGAGGUGAUGACGCAGGUGCACAAGCUGGAGGGUAAGCUGGAUGGCCUGGUUCCCAUGUUCAUCAACACCAACAACGGGCAGUUCACCCAUCAGGGGAUCUACACACUGGGAGCCAGGGCCGACAGCUACUACGAAUACCUGCUGAAGCAGUGGAUCCAGGGAGGCAAGAAGGAGGACCAGUUCCUGGAGGACUAUGUUCAGGCGAUAGAGGGGGUGAAGAGGAAUCUCUUGCAGAAGUCCUCACCUAAUGGUCUCACCUUCGUUGGAGAGCUUUCCCAUGGACAGUUCAGCCCUAAAAUGGACCACCUUGUAUGUUUCCUCCCAGGGACACUGGCCCUCGGCGCCCACAACGGCCUUCCUGCCGAUCACAUGGAUCUUGCCAAGCAGCUGAUGGAGACCUGCUACCAGAUGUACGUCCAGAUGGAAACAGGCCUGAGCCCGGAAAUCGUCCACUUCAACAUGCACCAGGGCAGUACCCGAGACAUCGAUGUCAAGCUUGCAGACAGACACAACCUCCUGCGACCAGAGACUGUGGAAAGCCUCUUCUACCUGUACAGGUUCACCAAGGACAAGAAGUACCGAGACUGGGGCUGGGAGAUUCUUCAGAACUUCAACAAGUACACGAAGGUCUCCUCUGGUGGCUACACUUCCAUCAACAACGUGCGUGACCCAGACUACCCGAGCCCCAGAGACAAGAUGGAGAGUUUUUUCCUGGGAGAGACCCUGAAAUAUUUGUAUCUGCUUUUCUCUGAUGACACCAACCUCAUCAGCCUGGAUCAGUAUGUCUUCAACACUGAGGCCCAUCCCCUGCCUAUUUGGCCUGCCACUGAAUGAAAUGCAUACAUGUGUACACAUCGACACAUAUGGUAAAUAAGCCGAACUGCAUGAAUAAACACUCCCACACGCACAUCUCAGGGCUUGGCUAACACCAAGAUAUACCAUUAUAAUUCCUUUUUUAAAUCUAUCUCAGUGAAACGUUGGGUAAACAACGAUCCUGAACGCUAUCAUGACUGGAAAUGCCCCCCUUUUUUGGGCAAGAAUUGUUGUGCUAAUAGCCAUGGAGAACAGCAGAGCUGGGCUCAGACUGCAGUAUAACCUUGUGUAUUUAUUUGACUGAUCCGUCACAUGGACUCCUGAAGAGGACAGUUUAUGCUGGAGAAAGAAUGGCAAGUUUGUUGUCAGUCUCCUAAGCAGCCAGACGACAUCAGCAUUGAAGGAAAGCCUGACUGUGACUUGAAUCUACGCUGUCUUAAUUGCAUAUUGAGGAUAGGGGAGAUGCUCUGUAGGGUUUGACCGAUACAGGUUUUUCAAGGUAGGCACCGGUAUUUUUGGAUUAAUUUUAAGAUCUAUAUAUUUAUAUAUAUAUAUAGAUCUUAAAAUUUGACAAUUUCCAUGCCAAAAAAAUCACAAGUCUGUCGUGAUUUGCCCCAUUUUUGUCAGAGAACAAUCUGUCGAUAAUCUUGACACAGCAUAUAGAUGAUGGGACACUAAAACUGUCAGAACCAAGGAAACUAAUAGUGAAACUUUUAUGUGUACUUGUGCAAUUGCAUCAAAUUAUCACAUUACAAUCAAAUCCGUUUAAGGGCUUCUCACAGACAGCUAGUGAAGCAUAGAUAAACUGUACAAUAAAUAUCAAUCACAUUGCAUCAUAUCAGAUGCUGCAUCCAUGAAACACAUCCAUUUUUCUUUAAAUAAAAAGGCAGUUUUGGCCCACUAUAUCGGUCUAACCCUAGUGCUGGGUUUGACGGCACAGUGGUUACACAGAGACUGUAACCACAAAGCCACAGCUCUGAUGCCUGGCAACAGCCAUCCCCUGUCUGAAAUGUUGUCAAGCAAGACACUGAACUCUUAUUUGCUUCACCUACAGCCUGACCCCUCUGCUCAAAUGUUUGUAGAUUAGUGUGACUCUAGUGGGAUAUGCAAACAAAUGAAUUUCUCAUUACACUGUGGGUCAUACGGUCAAGUGAGAGCUCUGGCCACUACCCCUCAACAUGCCCACCUUCCUCUGCUUGGCAAUGGGAAACACUGAAGUGUCCUGAAACGUCCCAGGGCACAAGCACGUCCUUACGUCCCUGCAGUCUCAUGCUGUGUUCAUGUCAUGUGGGAGAGACUGUAGAUAAAAGCCUCCUGCACAAAAAUACCAGUCACCCCAGCUGUCAGGCAGGAAAUAUCAUUUGGAAAUGUGUGUUCACACUCCAAAGAACUUGGUUGAUGGACUGUGCUGACCAGUGGUGCACAGUGCCAGAGUCUCUGAUGGCAUCUAAGUAAUGGUCUGCAGCUACAAAGUUUUGAACAGGGAGGAGGGAAGGGCCACCAUUACUCACAGCCAAUCAGCAGCUAGUGGCUCAUUCAUAAUGACUGAAUGUCUUCAGAACCACUUGUUCUAUUCUAGAUUCUGUGUUUUUAGAUAACAGCUCAUGUAAAAUUGGCUAAAAAUGUAAUGAAAACACUUACCCUUCAAGUGACAAGCUGAUCAGAGGAAACUGAAGUGUGCACAACAUUACAGUGUUGACAGCUUCAAAUGAAUCUGGAGGCGUGAACACUAGCCAAUGUUUGCUUUUAAGUGGGAGCUCAUACAGUCAUUUCUCACUUAUGACAUGAAGGCAGCAUCAGCCUUCACUCGGGACUCAAAUGUCCACAAUCUCAUUCCAGUUUUUGUCGAGCAGCAUUUUUUUCACCACCUCUGUACUGUGAAGCUUUUGUUUAAAGGGAUAGUUCACAGCUGUUAUGUAAGACAGUAGUGGUGCUAUGUACCUCUUAUUGUUACUGAGUGCUGGCUGAAAAAAAAAUCUGCUAUUUUAUGGGCACACAUCAAACUCAGUCUUUGUUUAUUUGACAAGUUAAGUGGCAGGAGGCUAACAGUUAGCAUUUGGAGCAUCCAGCCAGUAUUCAGCACUCAGUAACAAUGAGAGGAAGAGAGCACCACUACUGUCCUACAUAACAGCUAGAGUGGGAAGUGAAAUAUCAUUUAUUUUUUCCCCCAAAAUAAGUGAACCAUCCCUUUAAAGCGGAUAUCAAGUGAGCACUUAGCAUCUGAGCUCUUUGUUUCUCUGUUUGUUCUUUUGGCUGAGCCGCUGCUGUUAUUUUUAUUGAAUGUUACAUUUUGUUCUUUUCUUGUAUGUAUUGUUUGGUUGGUAAGGUGGAGUGCAUUUGGAGAGCUUGGUAAGGUUAAGUAUAAAUUUAGCUUAAUAUAUUGAGUUGUAGUGUACAUAGAGUGGUAUAGUAAUUAUAGAUAUCCUGGUCGAGUGAAUUGUGGAUUAUUUUUUUUUGUUUUGGCAUCAUAAAUUGGAGUAGUGUUAGCCGCUCCAGAGUCAAUUGUGGUCAUUCCUGUAAAUACCAUUAGGUGACAGUAUAGCUCUAUUUAUAGUUGUUGCUUUUAUGAAUUUAUAUUGAGACCAAACUCCCCAUCUUGUGUAUUUUGUCAGAUGUGUGCUCUUUCCUGCUCUGUGUUGUCUCACAUGUGCCUUGAAUGUUGCUUCAGAAAACAUUCAACAAAUUGUUUACCCACUAUGUUAAUAUCCAUUUCUGUCCAUUCAAGCUAUUUUUGACAUGUCUGUGCAUUGCCAGUUUGCUAUUCAGAAACUUCUGUGGUCGCUGUGAUCGGCACAGAUAAUAUUUUUACAUAUUGGAAUGACUGAAAUGAGGAUUUUUCCAGUAUCCCUCAAAGCAAUCACUGGGUUUACAUAACAUUGAUUUCUACCUGUGUGUACAUAUGCUGCCUACAAGGGCUCGAUCUCUCCCUGUGAUCUUUGCCUGGAUAUUGUUCAGCAUAAUUUCUGAACCAAAGACCUAUGCUGAA